AAAUAAUCAGGAAGAGCGAGACAUACGCGGUGCACAGAAAUGGAUUUGGUUAAGAACAUUGCUUUGAGGUGCUCACCAACAGGGUGGCCUGGCUUCGCGCUAUUCGUUGUUUCUGCGGUGUGUGUCAUUGCGUUUGUCAUUUUCUGCCUGUAUGUACAAUAUAUUCACAUGAAAUAUGAUCAUAUACCCGGACCUCCCAGAGACAGUUUUCUGUUUGGACACUUAUUGACGCUGCUGAAAGUGAUGCGCGACGAUAAACUUGUGCACGAGAAGUUCUUGGAAUGGGCUGAAACAUAUGGACCUGUUGUUCGGAUUAACUCCUUACAUACUGUGGAGUUACUUGUCACAAGUCCAGAAGCCACCAAGGAGAUUCUGAUGUCUUCAAAGUAUCCUAAGGAUCCUUAUGUCUACAAACGCCUUUUUAGCCUGUUUGGAAUAAGAUUUCUAGGAACUGGCUUGAUUACAGAUCCAGAUCAUGACCAUUGGUACAGACAGCGUCGUAUAAUGGACCCUGCAUUCAGUAACACGUACCUGCGUGGGCUGACACACACUUUCAAUGAGAGGGCCGAUUACCUGAUGGAGAAGCUGGAGGAGAAGGCGGAGAGCAAAACCCCCGCGCCCAUGCAUCACAUGAUCAACUGCGUCACACUGGACGUCAUCGCCAAGGUGGCUUUUGGGAUGGAAUGGAAUUUACUUGACACUACCCAGUCCCCCUUCAUCAAUGCCAUAUCCCUAUGUUUGAAAGGAAUGGUUACCUUUGCAAGAAACCCUUUCUUUGAGCUGUGUCCCUGGAACUGGAAGUUCAUAAAAGAAGUGAAGCAGGCUGCAAAGCUACUCCGAAAGACAGGGGCAGAUUGCAUCGCAGAGCGGAAGAGGGCAAUCCAAAAUGGGGAAGAAGUGCCCAAAGACAUCCUCACCAAAAUCCUCAAAUGUGCUGCGGAGGAAAAGGAUGAGGACCAUGAGCAGAUGCUGGACAACUUUGUAACAUUUUUCAUUGCUGGACAAGAAACGACAGCCAAUCAAAUUGCUUUUACUUUAAUGGAACUCGGGAGAGCACCAGAGAUAGUAGCAAAGCUGAGGAAAGAGGUGGAUGACAUCAUUGGGUCAAAGCAGGAGAUUGAGUAUGAAGAUCUUGGGAAGUUGACCUACUUGUCUCAGGUCUUAAAGGAGUCUCUCAGGCUGUAUCCUCCCGCUCCUGGCACAUCUAGGCGGGUGGUUGAAGACAUCGUCUUUGAUGGAAUCCACAUUCCAGGCAACGUGGGCAUUUCUUUCAGUUCUUAUGUGAGUGGAAGGUUGGACAGAUUUUUCAGUGAUCCACUGAAGUUUGAUCCGGACAGAUUCCAUCCUGAUGCUGAGAAGCCGUAUUUCUGCUACUUUCCCUUUGCCCUGGGCCCUCGGUCCUGCUUGGGCCAGAACUUUUCACAGAUAGAGGCAAGAAUUCUGAUGGCAAAACUGAUUCAGAGGUUUGAAUUGGAGCUCAUCCCUGGACAGUCCUUUGAGAUCCAAGAUACUGGAACUCUGAGGCCCCGGGGGGGUGUGGUCUGCACUGUCAGAUCUCGCAGCCAUGCUCGUGACUGACUGCAUCGUCCGGAGGGAGAUAUUUACCACGUUUUCGUCCAGGUUGCGCUGAAGACUACCAAUUAGAUUCUCUGCUUUACUUUAAUUAAUUAAU